GAUCUUACCUUAAACUUCUAACGAUUUUCUUUUUUUUUUAUAUACACAUAAAGGGGUCUCAAAAAACCCCGUGCAAGUUUUUAUUUUUCUUAUUCACACCCACUUCUUCCUCUUUCUCUCCUUUUAAGCAUAACAUGAGUCCUUCUCCCCUUCCUUUUUCACAUCUGAUACAACGCUCACGGCUUGUCUUAUCCAAAUUAAAUAAACGACAGUCCAGUCCACCUUCCACUCUUCACACUUCAUCAUCAACCACCAUGGCAACCAGCACCACAACCGACUCUUCCAUCCUCGACGACGUCGACAUCUCCUCCUCUCCCUCACACCUGUUUAAAAUGGGCAACAACUAUUUAUUCGGACGAAAAGGAUUCAAACAAAAUCCUAAACUCGCCAUUUCUUACUACUACAAAGCAUCUUUACUAGGCCAUGCACCGUCGGACGGUGUACUGGGAUUCUGUUAUGAAUUUGGCCUUGGAUUACAAAACAGCUUCAUUCAAGCUGAGAAACACUACAUGAAAGCCGCCAAAGCCUACGACGGUCUAGCCAUGGCACGAUUGGCUUUUCUGCGAAAAUACGGUCGGCCUCAUGUUAAAAUUGAUCGUGCGGAAUCCGAAGAAUGGACCGAACGAGUACGCCAAUUACCUAAUGCCGUCGAAUGGAUUAUCGAAGCCGCCACCCUCAAUGGGGAUGCCUCUGCUCAAUAUGUUCUCGGUGUAUGUUAUCAUGACGGAGUGGGCAUGCCCAAGGACGAACAUGCUGCUUUUCGUUGGUACAAAGCCAGUGCUGAUCAGGGCAAUGCACGUGGUCAAGGCAUUCUUGGUUACUGUUAUGGCGAAGGAUUCGGCGUGGCCAAAGACGAAGUCGAAGCCAUGAAGUGGUAUCGCCUCGCUGCCGCACAGGGCGAAACGGUCGCCAUGUACAAUGUCGGCUAUUGCUACGAAGACGGAAUCGGAGUUGAAAAAAAUGUCCAGGAAGCCAUCAAGUGGUACCGAAUAUCAGCCGAACAGGGUAAUGCGUUUGCCCAGAAUUCAUUGGGCUACUGCUACGAAGAUGGGAUAGGAGUCGAGCAAAACUUUGAGGAAGCGGCUACGUGGUACAAGGCGUCUGCAGUUCAAGGUUACCCCUGGGCCCAAUGCAAUCUUGGUUAUUGCUUUCAGAACGGGAUCGGCCUCGCUAAAGAUAACACGCUGGGCGCUUAUUGGUAUCGAAAAGCAGCACUUCAAGGUCACGCGAGAGCACAGCACAAUCUCGGAUUUUGUUACCAGAAUGGCAUUGGCAUCGACCGUAACGAGAAAGAGGCCGUGAAAUGGUACCGUCGGUCGGCGGAACGGGGCAAUAUCUUUGCGUAUCACUCUCUUGGCUACUGUUAUCAGAAUGGCAUCGGCGUUGCGGUGAACGAACAGGAGGCGGUCUUCUGGUACUAUUUAAGCGCCGAGGAAAAUCAUGCUCCUGCCCAACUAUCACUUGGUUACUGCUAUCGCAACGGGAUCGGGGUGCCUAAAAACGAGCGUGAAGCGGUCAAAUGGUUCCGACGCUCGGCCGAGGCAGGAAACGCAUUGGCUCAGAAUUCGCUCGGCUUUUGCUUUGAAGAAGGCAUUGGUGUCAAGAAAGAUUGCGCUCGAGCCGUCUACUGGUAUCACAAAUCGGCACGUCAGAAGAACCCCUGGGCUCAAUGCAAUAUUGGUUUCUGUUAUGCUAACGGGAUUGGCGUCCGACAGGACAAUGCCAAGGCCGUGUACUGGUACCGGCAAGCAGCCUUGCAGAAUCACGCUCGUGCUUUGGAUAAACUCGGUGUUCAUCUGCAGCUUGGUUUGGGGGUGGCAAGAGAUGUCGAAGGUGCCUUCAAGUUAUUCAAGAAAGCCGCUGAACAGAAUCAUGUAGCAGCCCAGUUCCACUUGGCCAACUGUUAUGAAAAAGGUUUAGGAUGCCCCGAGGAUCUACAUCAAGCCACGGCCUGGUUUGAACGUGCUGCACUUGCUGGAUGCCGUAGUUCCCAUGAACGAUUACGACGAUUGCUUGUACGUGUUUGUUUAUUAUCGUCUGGUUCAAUGCCUAUCAUGUCCUCGUCUGAAGAAGACCUGAUCUGUGCGGGCUAUAUCAGUGGAUGCGCAGCGCCAGCCGCAUAAAAAAAAAGGCCGUUUCAUGAAAAUUCAGCGUCGUAGAAAUGCGUGUUGUUUCCAAUGAUAAUACCCUUUCACCUCCUUCUUCAAUUUCUCAUCCAUUCCGUACAACAUCUACCCUUUGCUCUCCUUUUACUUUUUAUUCUUCUUCAUUUUCCUACGUUUUUUUUUUUUUUUUGCCCCAUUUGUUUCUUUUUUCCUUUUUUUUUCCGUGCCGUCGCUUAAUUCCGUUCUCCAUACAUCACUAGUUAAUGAUUUGUAAUUCACUAUGUCUAGCUAACAAUGACUACAUUUUGACUUUUAUAAAAACCAUGCUUUGCUAAACCCCUUAA